CGUGAAGGCUACUAUUUUACGGAAGACGGGCAAGUUUCGGGACGACAAGUGUCCGAAAAAAUUGGUGAAGUUCUUCACAAGAGAGGCGUUCUCAAAUCACCCCAAGUCACAAGCUUCCCCGAUGAUGAAAUAGAAGGUGCAUUAUUUGGUCCAUUUAGUUGGGUUUUGGGGUGCCAGUCGAAUUCCAAGGCCCAGAGAUUGGCCAAAUUAGGAUGGAAACCUCAUCGACCCAAUAUGCUCGACAGCAUUGAAGAACAAGUGGAUGCUUUGCUCAUUGAUGCGAAGAAUUGA